AUGUCUGCACUCACCACGGCAAGUUCAAGGAAGUGUAGCAGAAAUGUGCCCCCAACUCACAGCCUGUAUAAACUGCUAGGUCAAGUAAGCGCUUUCCUGGCAGACUCUUGCGAGGGCUUUCUUGACUUUUGGAACGCCUGCUCCUCGUUAGGACACUCACUGGCAAGACUAUCACCCUUGAGCGGCCGCACUCUGUCCGACUACAACAUCCAGGACCAGCAGCGCUUGAUCUUUGCCGGCAAGCAACUCGAGGAUAGCCGCACUCUGUCCGACGACAACAUCCAGAAGGAAUCCCACUUCGCUCGCUCGCUCGCUCGCCCGCCUGCCAAGUUCAUUCGGCGGGCAAUUCUUUUUUUUUCAAAAAAAAAAACGGAAAUGCGCGGUCGAACUGUCACCGACGCCGACAUAACGGCAAGAGAUGUCCGUCUCUGGGUAGAUGGCCAAAGUUUUGAUAGAUGCUGGCGUGAGAUGGUGAUUCGGUCUCAAAUGGCCGCGAAGACGAGCUUAUGGGUGUAUAAUUGCUGGGAGUAUCUUUACCGACAAGAUCCAGUCCGAGCGCAGCAGCAUUUGGAUAGGUCGGACAACCGGAUAGCGUUGAACGCUGUCAUCGCGUCUGGCAACAAUAGAGUACCUCCAUGUUUGAGACAUUACAAUCGCAAUCUGGCCGGUCUGCGGACGGCGAUUGAAGCGUUUUGGCCGAGCUGGAACUGGGAGAUACCCCAAGCAAGCGGUAGAAAUACCGCAGCUUUGGUAGGACGCACCCCAAGGGUGUACAGUGAGCGGCUCCUGAAGGAGCUUAAACGUUUGGCCGAGAAAGUUGGAGAGGCUGGCUGCGCCGAUGCAGUCCAAAUGUUGGGCAACCAAGUCGGAGUCCGCUUGAGGACUACCACCUCGAAGAUGCACGAGCUGCAGCCCCGUGAUGUUGAAGCCGUGCUGGCUAGAAUCGCCGCACGCACGCCUCCUCUGCCCGCUCCGGCUCCGACUCCGACUCCGACCAUAGCUCCCGUCGCCUCCUCUGCUUUCAUCUCAGAUCCUUUGGAUCCAGGGGCUGAGAAAUCGCCCGAAAUUGAACAAGGCCGUGCUGCCCGCACCCCAAGUUUGCGGGACGAAUCCUCUAGGGCCGGCGCCGAUGAAGAAGAAGGCGGAGGAGGAGGAGGAGAGGAAGAAGGAGACGACGACGACGACGAUGAUGAGAAUGACGAUGAGAAUGACGAUGACGAUGAAGAUAAAGAAGAAGGGAAAGGAAAAGGAAAAGGAAAGGAAGAAGAAGAAGAACAAGAAGAAGAACAAGGAGAAGAACAAGGAGAAGAAGAACAAGGAGAAGAAGAAGGACAAGAAGAAGGGCAAGGACAGGGAGAAGAAGGAGAAGCAGGAGGAGGAGGAGGAGAAGAGCCGCCGCCAAAGAAACGGAGAACGCACCCGGCUUCCUUGCGGGCGAAGUUCGAGCGGCUGAAGGAGGAGGCCGCCAAGGCCGAUCGCAAAGUCCUCCGAGAGGCAAAAAACCGAGAGAGAUCUUGGCCAGACUCUGGCGUUGGCGCCGCCUCAGCACUGGCAGUAGUCUGCCGUCGACUAUGGUUUGGGGUAAACCAGAAAACCCACGAAUAUGCUCGCACCUUGUCGUGGUCAUACCUUUCGCAAAUCUGCGGUAGAGAAUUAUUCUAUACCGCACUUUUUUUCCACAACCUUCCGUACCGCAUCUUCUCGCAAAUUUGCGGUACAGAAUCAUUCUGUACCGCAUUAUUUUUCUAUGACCGUCGAUCCCUCAACAGUACCUUCUCGAAUUCCCAUCUACGACCUCUGCUUUGCGACGAUGAAUCCUCAGAGUCUCUGAUCUGGCGCGCCUCCAUGCGGACCGCCUGGGCCAGCGGCAACAGCAGGAACGAUGCCCAACGACGACGCGCCGAGGGCGUGUUCACUUUCGAAGAGAUGAGAGAAGCUGAUCCUACCGACCGAGUAGACUUCGCCCUGCUAGACGGGCGCAUUCCCAGCUUCGAUCAGGUUACCGCUACGUUCGACCCAUCCACGCCCGAGUACAAUGUCCCACUGAUGUACCUACAUUUGGCUCGGCGUCACAAGUAUCUGCGCGAGGUUCUGAACGACAAGAAGCAAACAGACACCCCGGGUCGCCCAGGCUACGGCUCAAUUCUAGAAUCAGAAUGA